GCGCACCUGAAGCAGCCCUCCUACAAUCAGUCAGUCAGGGAAGCAGGCUGCCAGACGGGUGGGAGGCCAGGUACGCAGCAGCGGAGCAGGAAGAACAACCAGGUCGUUUUCCCUCCCCCUACCCCAUUUUUUUUCCUUCUCUAUUGUUUUAUUUCCACGCACCCACUCCCGCAACCAGGUGCUCCUCUCAGCCCACCUGCGUUUUCAGCGACGCGGUUUCGUUCAGGAAAGGCGGCGCAGCGCUGGCGGGGAAAACAUGCCAGAAGACAGGAAAAAGCGGCUCUUCAUCGUGGUGGAUGUUCUGUGCGUGUUUGUCGCGGCUCUGCCUUCAGCCAUCCUCACGCUGAGGUUCAAACCCUAUCGGAGAGGAAUCCACUGCGACGACGAGAGCAUCAACUAUCCCUACAGGAAAGACACCAUCUCCCAUGGAACCAUGGCCGCUGUCACCAUCACCUGCUCUAUGGUCAUUAUCACCACCGGAGAGGCCUACCUGGUGCACACGAAACGCCUGCGUUCAAACUCCACGUUCAACCAGUACCUGUCCGCGCUCUACAAGGUGGUCGGCACCUUCCUGUUUGGCGCGGCGGUCAGCCAGUCCCUGACCGAUUUGGCGAAGUUCACCAUCGGCCGCCCCCGUCCGAACUUCUUGUCCGUGUGCGCCCCGAAGUCCUGCAAGGGAUACGUGCUGGAUAUCAACUGCACAGGCAGCCUGCACAAUGUGACGGAGUCCAGGCUGUCAUUUUACUCCGGUCACUCGUCCUUUGGGAUGUACUGCAUGCUCUUCCUGUCGCUCUACGUCCAGGCCAGGAUGCAGGGGAAGUGGACGAGGCUGGUCCGGCCCACCAUCCAGUUCUUCCUGGUGGCGUUUUCUCUCUACGUUGGAUACACACGCGUCUCCGACUACAAACACCACUGGAGCGACGUCCUGGUGGGGCUGCUGCAGGGCGCGCUCAUCGCUGUGCUCACGGUUCGACACGUGUCGGAUUUCUUCAAGCAGCGGCCGCCGCUCUGCGCGCAGGCGGACGAACAGGCGGAGGAGGAGCAACUCGAGAGCAAGCCGAACCCGCAGCCUUUGGACUCGCAGCACGGAAACCACUACAGCCACCCCGGACUGGCGUGAGCCGCAGACGAGCGCCGGCGGCAGCCGCUCCGUUGUCCACAGGACUGUUUUUUAAAAGCACAAAUAACCCACACAGAAAACUUUGACACGGCUAUUUUAUGACUAUGACAAGUAUGAUUCCCCCAAAACCUGCUGGAACAGAAACUUUAGGAUGUUUUUGUGGGUGGGUGUGUUUUGCUGCAGAAAGAUGUGCCCAAUUGACUUGUGUGUGUGUGUGGAUUUGUGCACCAGUGUAGAAUAAUUAUGUUUUAUAUCGUCUCUUAAUCGCUCAGCUUUUCAAAUUGUGCCAAAUUAAAAGUGACAGUUUUAAACAAA